CCUAUCGUCGGUGGGCUUAACUGUUCACCCCAUCCCUUUUUAAGCGCCUGCAAUACCCCACCUUACCCUGAUGUCCCUACCUUCCAGAGAUUGCGACUCUUCCAACACGGCACGAAAAUCUCGUUGCAACCUAUCCUUCUUGAACAAUCUUGGAAAGGAUAAAAAGCUAUGGCACUCAAAGCGGUCCAUGUCUCCGACCUUCCCAAUCUUGUUCAAGUCCCAGACAAUGCCGCAUUAGCCCUCUCCGACGCCGUUCGGUUAUUCAAAGGUGUUAACGAAGACGACUGUGAUAAAAUGAAAUGUGGGUGUAAAUUACCGAACUUCGUCGUGAUGGGACACAGAGGUAGCGGGAUGAACAAUAUGCUGCAAUCCUCGGACCAUGUAAAGAAAUCCAUCAGAGAGAAUUCGAUUCUCUCUUUUAAUGCCGCCGUCAAGUUCCCCAUCGAUUUCAUCGAGUUCGACGUGCAGGUGACUAGAGAUGGCUAUCCUGUUAUUUUCCAUGACGUUUUCAUUCUCGCUGAAUACAAGGGUGCCAUUUUCGAGAAGAGAGUUACAGAUCUCACUAUUGCUGAAUUUCUUUCUUAUGGACCUCAGAAAGAACCUGGAAAUGUGGGUAAGCCUCUGUUUCGAAAAACAAAAGAUGGGAGAAUCUUUGAGUGGAAGGUUGAAAAAGAUGACCCUCUAUGCACAUUGCAAGAGGUCAUGGAGAAAGUUGAACAUCCUGUGGGUUUCAAUAUUGAAUUGAAAUUCGACGAUCAGAUGGUAUAUACGGAGAAUGAAUUCACUCGUGUUCUUCAAGCAAUCUUGCAGGUGGUAAACAAGUAUGCUCAGGACAGACCUAUCAUUUUUUCAAGCUUUCAUCCUGACGCCGCCCAACUGAUCAGAAAAUUACAGACCCUCUAUCCUGUGUUCUUCCUCACUAAUGGAGGUUCCCAAAUUUAUGUGGACAUAAGAAGGAAUUCCUUGGAAGAUGCCAUCAAUGUGUGCUUGACUGGAGGUUUGCAAGGAAUUGUAUCCGAAGUCAGAGCUAUCUUUAGAAAUCCGGGAGCAGUAACUAGAAUCAAAGAGUCCAAGCUUUCUCUUGUAACUUAUGGCCAAUUAAAUAAUGUUCCAAAGGUGGUAUACAUGCAGCAUCGUAUGGCUGUUGACGGAGUAAUCGUUGACUCGGUUCAAGAAAUUACAGAGGCAAUCUCAGAGUGCUUUAAGCCAGCCAAGGACAGUGAAGAAGAUGGCUUGUUUGGAGAGGAAAAGCAGAUGCAAGUGAAAACAGAGCCUGGGACGUUCUUGCAGCAAGAAUUCUCUUUGCUUCUGAAACAUGUACCAGAGUUGAUACAUUCUUGAAAGCAAUAAACAUACCAUGCAUAAUGAUGUUCCCAAGUUGAAACUUUCCCCAGCUUUGGUUCCCUCAAGUCAUAUUCUGUAUAGGUAAGAGUUGUCCUUUCUCAUGCAUGCAUGCAUCAUUUUGCAGUGAUUAUUACUUUCUCUGUGCUUUUUACUCAAUAGGAACAGCUUAAUUGUCCCCAAAUGGUCAAGUGAUCUAAGGCUAUUAGGAAUGUCCAAAAGUUGUAAUAGUUGAAGUCCCCAUUAUUUGUUGGAUGGUUGGGGUUAGAUAUAACCCAUGUUGUGUGUAUUGUCUAUGGACUUUGGAAGUAUUUGCUGUUGUGGCCCGAUUUCGUGGGCCGGAUUGAAAUUUCAUAUAUGUUUUUAUGUUCCUAAUUUAUACAUA